AUGUUGACGGCCUGCACGGUCUUCUACGCACUAUUCUUGACGAUUUUCUCAUUAGUUUUGGAGCUUUCGCACCUUUUGAACGACGAGAAUCAACGAAAAAUCAACACGAAAGAUAUGGUUGAAAUUAUCGCGUGGCACAGAUUUCAUAAAUUCCUUUUUUCAGAUUUUCGGCCUUUACAUGUAUGGCUGCUCUUUAUUGUUCUUCCUGUAUAUGUACAUUGUAUUGCUGUUAAACCCAAGAUGGUAUUCGACAAUGGAUUAUUUGAAGGUUGGUUUUUGAGAAAACGGAGUUUUUGGACGGAAUUUUGACUCCAGAAACUUUUGUCGAUAUGUUUCCGGCCGAAGAAGACGUCGUCUUCGGAUUCUUUAUCGUCAGCGGCGGCUACAGUCAGAAAAGUCACCCAUAGUAGUCCAUCUGCUGGCAGUUUAUUUCUGCGACUUGGAUGCAUAGGUUUGAAAAUGGACUGAAAAUGUAGUAAAAGGAAGAAUUGAUAGCUUCGAUCAUUGGCUUGAUAUGAGGAAAACUUGAAUUUUCAAGUCUUGUGCUGAUUUUGAAGCUUUGUUCAUUUCUUCCUUCCUUGAAUUUUGGUGAGAGUUAAGAUGAAUUUUAGUUUGAGGUUACGAUUUUACAGACUUUGAGGGCUGCUUUUGAGAAAAGUGAAUUUAUCCUUCCUUGUCUUUUUUUUAAACAAACAGACGCCUUUUUUUCACCACGGAGCUUCUCAUUUUCAGUUUUUGGAGUCGUUGGAGUUGUAUAUUAUGCGUUUCUCGUCUUUCUCUGCACUUCUGACGACAAAUGCACGAAUUUGAGCAUCGCCCUUGAUGUUUCGGCCAUUUUGUUCAUUUUCAUCCAGAUGCACUUCAUUUUCUGCAAUUGGAAGGUUGGUUUGCGUACACAAAUGGAAAAAAAAUAGAAGUUGAACCGAAGAUUUAGAGAAAUUGGGAUGAAAUCAAUAGUGAGUUUAUUUUCGUCGUCCUGUGGUUGUGAAUCAAAAAAUUCAAGAAUGAAGUCAUUUUCUGCGAGCUUCCAUGUUGUCACGUCACAUUGCCUUUGCUUUAGAAACUGAAAUUCGAUCAAUUUUCAGUUAUCAAUAACGGGGUCUCAUAUGGUUUCACGACUUGGAACGAUGCAUCUGAUCGCCGCCAAUUUGUGGACUUGGAUCAGAUACGUUCUGAUGGAAGAGAGUGUUAUGGAGAAGGAGAUCAAGUAAGAUGAUUGAUCUUUCAAAAAAAAAAGUCUAAACGUGCUUUUUCACCUAAGGAAGACUUAGAAUGAGUAUUGCUUGAGGACUUCUUCUAGACGACCUCACUAAAAAAUUUUUUCAGAGAGAAUCCGAAAAAUACACGAAAAAGAAGCGUCAAUACGUUUUGACCAAGGAUAGGCGGCCCACUGAUGGAACUUUUUUCAGAGAAGUGUUCAAGAACAAAAACUACAGCCUGAGCUACGACUACGAGAGCAGCAGCAGUUCUGAAGAGUUUGGAUCGAGUCGUGGGAAACACCACGGCGACACGUCGGGAUGUCAGGCUGCCGAGUGUCUUCUAGGUGAGCAGAAGAAAGAAAAUCCAAUAAGUUGUUUAGAAAACUAAAAAGGUCGAUAACUGAAACAACAAUUAGAAAAACACCAUUUUUACAUUUUACCUGAUAUGCGAGCUGUUUUGGGUAAGGGUUUCGUAGUGAAAAAAAAAUUUCGAGGCUUUUUAAGGUAAGUAGGAGCCGAAAUUAGACAUCAUUUAUUUAUUACAAUGGUUUGUACACAUAAUAAUAGGUUAUAUCUCAUUCUUGUAGUAGAAUUUAAAGAAAGAGGGAAUAUUUUUCAAAAAGUGGUUAUUGUUGAAAAAAACAGCAUGAAGUAAUUUUAAGCGAUGGAUAAUUGAACGGACAACUCAAGGAGAAGAACUUUCUAGACUUUUUGAAAUAAUGGAAAAUGAAGAAAGGGACAUGUUUCCUUAGAAAGUUUGUACAAAGAAAAAGUGGGUAAAACCUUUUUUUGUAAUUUUUCAACAUCGUUAAUUUCUGAGAUCAAAGGUGAAUAGAAACUUGAAGCUAUAAAGUGUUUGAACUAAAACUCAAGAAGGCGCAGUUUUUAGACUUUCGGUACGGUGGGAAAACGGAAAAAAGUGAUAUUUUAUAAAAAUGGGUGAAACCUAUUUUUGACUUAAUUCAAGAUGCAAAAAUAAUUUUUUCAACAUGGAUUUUUGCUGAGAAAUGGCUUGAAGAUAUGAGAAUUUGAACUGAAACUCUAGACUCUUAAAAAUGGUGGAAAACUGAAAAAAAGGGACAUUUUCUUCAGGAAGCGUGUCGGAAGUGAUGUUUACGGCAAUCGUUGAAUACUCUCUGAUCGCCGCAGCGGUUAUGUAUAUCGUCUGGCGGAAUAUUGGUACUCAAAAUAAAUUCAGUACCUCCCGCUUUAUUUCAACUUCAGGCCGUCACAACAUUGGGUCAACCUAUGUCAAGAGGAAACAUCAGAUUCGUGUCGAUUGCUCGAAAACGACCACAGGUAUCAUUUUACCUGAAGAAUUUCAAUAAAGAAGCUUCAGGGCUUUUUCUUGGCCUCGCCUUCUUGGCCUUCACCUUCACCUCGAUGGUCGUUUAUUAUGGAUAUACGAUUCUGAAGAGGUCAAAACAUGCCGCUUUCGUCUACGCCUUCACCGAGAUCAUUCAGGUACAAAGAUACAGUAUCCUUUUCGCUUUGGGAACCAAAUUUCUCUUUCCAGUACGUUUUCUCGACGAUCGGCUGCGUUUUGGCAAUCUACCAAAUGCGGGCCCUCAAGUACUUCCAUAAGCCGCCAGUUCGAGGCCCAAGAGAUCAAGUAUCGAUUUUAAUCUGGACCACAAAAAUCAAUCGAUUUUUAGGAACUUCUUGAUCAAAUCCUCUUAUCGGUUGGCCUUGUCGGCGAGCUGAUCUAUUCGGUUGCUGGGUUGGUCGGUUUGACCGGCGAAGUUUCCUGGACUCCCCUCGUUUUCACACUUCUUUUCGUUCAUAUUUGUCGGUUGAUUCAGGUUUUGAUUGAAAAAACGUCAAAAUUUAAAUUAUAUUUAGAUUGGAACCCAAACUUUCUUGUUGUAUGUCGCGAAAAGUGUUAGAAUCGGAUCAGAGGAUCGUGAGGCUCAGCCUGGAAAACAGGUAAGAGUAGUUAAAUUUCAAAAAUCCAAUUUUUUUAAGGCUAUAACUUUCCUUCUCACCGCCAAUGUCUCCAUCUUCUUCAUGAACUUGUUCGAGAGUGAAAAAGCUGGAGUUUCAGAGAUUAUCAUAAGUGAGUCUGACUAGUGAGAAAAAAAACUUUUCUUAUUGAUGGUUUUUCUAUUUCUCGAAAUUUUUCGAAAAAAAAGGCGAAAAAGAUGGGAUUCAGACUACUACGGGAAACGCUCCUGGGUGUUCCUGGUCCGAAGUUUCUCGCCGCUGACCAUUUUCUACCGAUUCCACAGCUCGGUCUGUUUUGCCGAAAUCUGGAAGAACGUCUACGCGACCAAAUCCAUCAAUGGCGGAGUUCCACCCAUUCCAUCGAGCAAUUCUGUCUGAUUUUGAGAAGAUCUGUCAUGUUCCCCACGUUUAUUUGUACAUUAAGGCUCUUUUUCUCGUUUUCCUGAAUAUUUUUUGUCAUAUUUCACCCACCGCUCGAUUGAAAAAAAGCGAAACAGUGUGCAAAAUGAAGAGAGUUUGUUCAGCUAGCGGUGAAAGGACUAUUUUUUGAAAUUUUCUUUUGAUGUUUUUUAAAUUAUAUAGUUGAUUCACCGUUUUCCCUAUGAAAAUAAGCUGAAAAAUGAUCUAGUGGUGCGCCAGAGCGUCUUUUUUGAGGCGUGUUUUGAAGAGCGAUGAAUCGACUAUUUUUUUCGAGAUUCGUUUUUGUUUAUUUUUAUUAUAUAGUUGAUUCACCGUUUUUCCUAUCAGAAGCUGAAAAUGAUGAAAUCGUGCGCCAGAGCGUCUUUUUUGAGGCGUCUUUUGGAAAGCGGUGAAUCUACUUUUUUUUAAAGCUUUUUUUUCUCGUUUCUUUUUUUGAAUUUUUUGGGUAGGAUGCCGGUUAUCUUCUAUUCACUUUUUAAUUGUUAGGUCAUGAUUUUCAGAUAUUUUAUCGUGAUUCCUUUGAGCUUUUGAACCAUUUUGCGGGUCAUUUUCGUUAUCAGAGCUUGAUUUUUUUAAGUUUCCAAGUGCAAUUUUCAAGACACAAGUUUAUAAGCUUAUUGGUUUUUCAAAUUUUUCUUUUUAUAUGUUUGUUUUUUUGAAUAGAUUUUUAAUGAAAUUAUUAUUUUUUUCCCUUGGUCUUUAUGAAGAAUUCGCCUGAGGGUCAAUUACCUUGAAAAAUGGAGUUUAAGGUAAUCGAUCGAUUUGAAUGGAUUUUAAAGAAGAUUAGGUGAUUUUUCAGAUUUUGAAAAGUUAAAAAAAAUAGAAUUUUAUCGAAAACAUACGAAAAAAAGUAAAUUUACCAAGAAAUCCAAGUUAUGCGAGUUAAUUUUGACGUUGAGAGCUGUAAAUUUCAUUCAGUUCAAUUUUCCGUUGUUUUUCGCUUUCUUUUUCUGGAAUUUGAUAGGUUUCUGGGAUUUUCGCUCUAUUUGAUUAGGUGUUAAUAUUAUAAAGUCUAAUUUACUGAAUUUGAAUUUUAGCUCUUUUUUUGACUUUCAAAGAUGUUUGACAGAAUAUUUUUUUAUUUUUGGAGUAUUUGUAUUUUUUUCAAACAUGGUUUUUCAGGGAAGCUCUUCACUACCCAAAUUUUGAUUAUAAUGCUAAUCAGCGCCUUUUUUUGGCAGCCCUUUUUUAUGAGUAAGUUUUUCAAUUUCUUUUUUUAUAUUCCGUUAAAUCAAAAAUUUUUUUACUGUUCUAUUUUUGAAGCGCAGAAGCCUUGCUUGACCUUGAAUAAAACUUAAAAUUGUUUUUUUCGCCUCAAAAAUUUCCAUUUAAAAAAAUGCCCGAGCUUCUUUAAACGAAAAAAAUUGAAAGUUUUAAAAAAACCAGGUUUUUUUAAGGAAUAAAAAAAUGAAUUUUUCAGUGAGAGACUUUAUAAUUGUACGGGAACGUCACCCUAUACGAAGCAGUACAUUCCCAUCGGCGUUAUUUAUCUGUCCAUCGGCGUUUUUUCGCAGGUAAGUGUGCUCCAGCGAACUCUGGCUCGUAUUGACUUGGAAAAAGUCUAAAAAGGCUAUCAAGCGAAUCAUAAGCAUAGAUAUUGGUAGCAGGAACUCUUCAAGGGUUCAUUUUAUAGUUGUUUGGAUUUUUUUAAAUUUUUAAAGAUAAAAAAAUUAAUCAGUUUUAUAUUUUUAUUGGGUAGGAAUACCCUGGAAACGUCAUGAAUUAACUAGUAAAUUUUCAGAUUUUAUAUUUCACCGUUCUCGUCUCCAUAUUUCGAUCUAAAGCUUUAUGGGCCUUGCCUUGUUACCGCAUCAUGUUCUUUCUUGGUUUGUUCGUUUUUUAAAAAAGUUUCAAGCUUCCCCGUGUAUUUAUACAUGAAAAGAAGAAUAGUGAAGCUUAAACUACCUAUAAAAAAUGUUUCGGGAGAGUUUUAUCUCGAAAAAAGAGAGUCUAAAAUGCGAAAUCAAACAAACGGUGGGCGGAGCCAAAAUAGCCAUCGUUCCCACGUGACGUCAUUGGGAACGGCAGAGAUUUCGGCUCUAAGAGCGUAAAAAAGCAUAUUAAAGGCGCAGGCCGUCGUAUUGCCAGAGGUCUUUGAGACGAAUCGAAAUUUCUCUACAUGAACGCAAUUAUCUGCGCGAAAGCGCCGCGGUGCAUGCACACGACACACGACACUUUACGGAGAAAAAUUUCAAAAAAAAAAUAUUCUCAUUCUAACGUCUAUAAUAUCUCUAUUAGGCAGUCUAGAACGUUCUUGUGACUCCAUUUUGAAUAUUUUUGAAAACACUAUGAAUUUUAGGCCUGUCCGACUCUUGCUGUCUGAUAUUUUGUGCCGACUUUGCUGGAUUUUACUCGAUCGUCGGCCUACAUCCAUGCUACAAUAUUCAUUUUACCUAUGUAACUGGAUGCCUUGUCUUUGGUGGGCUCUAUUUUUUUGAAAUAGAGCGGUCAAUAUUUUAUAGGAUUGUGGCACAUGAGCUGCGCCUACGUCAUUCUACUGGCUUUCGAUCGGACCUGUGAGAUUGUCGCUCCGCAUGCUUGGUUAGUUCAUUUCCAGAGCAGAUCACGGUUGGCUGAGCCAUCGAAAAAGGGUCCUGACACGAUUUUGAAAAAAAGAGGUUGUGUCAGAACGGUGCAGAGCGCAGACAGACCACGCCCCUCAGCGUUCUACCUUGAAUUUGCUUUGGCCAGCUUGGCACGUUAAGGGGGCGUGUCCUGUCUGCGCUCUCUCGUGCAUUAUCGUGUCAGGACCCUUUUUCUUCGAUGGCUCAAGCCAGCCGUGACUGUAAGCAGAUGGAAUAACUACAGACUGAUGGUGAUUUUGUGGCCAGUUUGAAGAUUUAUCUUUUGAAAUUGCACUGAAAUUUUGAUUUUUGACCUCAGGCAGCAGUGAAUUGACAAAAUAAGUGAUUCCGCUUUGUUUUAAGACUUUUCUAAACCAAAAAGUAAGAACAAGGCUAGUUUUCCAUUCUUCGUUGUAAGACCACAUCAACAGUCUCAUCAUGCGCCUUAAAUUGGACCACUAAAAAAUGAUCUGGCGCGAAAAAAAUUAUUUUUUAUGACCUUUAUUUGAAAAAUGAGCCACAAAUAAAGUCGUUUUUUGUGCUAUCAAAAAUUGGAUCCAAUUAAUUAAUCAAACAUUUAAUAAUUAAACAAAUGCAGGAAUAGUCCUGCAACUUUUCACUGUUUAAAGCUAUCCACAGCAAAAAAUUUUGGCAAAUAAAGCCUCAAAAGGGUUAUAUAAUAUAUGGGAUUUCCAGCCGAUUCUUAUUCGAAGGACUUUGGUUCAAAAUUCUCCUCUCACUACCUGUAUUCUACUUUAUUUAUUUCACUUUCUUCACGAAACCGACCUUUUUCCAACCCGAUAUUUCCGCAUUUUUACUCAACCCCAUGUCUAAGGCGACCGAAGGUUUCGAUCGAGGAUUGGUAUAAUUUUUUUGCUUUACAAGAAAUUUUAAUAGUUUCAGUACACUGUUGAAGCAUACUUGUUCAACAACUUUUUCGUCAUGAUUUCCAUUGCCAUCACUUACAUUUUCAUCUGUAGUUAUCUGCUCUUUCAGACCUACAGUAUGAAGACCGUACAGACGUCGAGCACGAAGAUUGCGAGAAUGGUCGGUUUAAAGGCGCAGGGCGGAGUCUUAAAGGGUUACCAGAGUUCUAGGGCAUUUUAUAGUGAACUGAAACAGUUUUUAGUCAAGAUUAGAUGAAUUUAAAGGCGCAGGGCGGUGCCUAAGAGGGGUACGAGGAAGGAUUAAAGUUCUAAGGGUUUCUGUGGUAAACUGGAACGGUUUUUAGUCAAGCUUGGAUGUUUUUAAAGGCGCAGGGCGGAGCCUUAAAGGGUAAUAGAGUUCUAGGACUUUUUUGUAGUGAACUGGAACAGUUUUCAGUCAAGUUUGGAUGUUUUUAAAGGCGCAUAGGCUACAAACCAAAUCCGCCCCUAUUUUUGAACUUUCUGAAGGGUUCAGAGCUCCAGCCUGACCUUUAAAAACUCAAAAAGGUGCUGUAAAUGGAGUUAGAAGCUCAGGAUUACGUUUUUAAAGCUUCUGGGCACUGGGAAUUUUUUUUUUCAGUAACCAAAAAAAAUUUAUAAAAGGUUCAAGAAUGCUUGGAAUUUUUUAAAGGCGCAUAGGCCACGAAAAUUCAGCUCCUAUUUUUGAACUUUUCUAAUAGUUCAAAGUUUCAUCCUAAACUCAAAAAAGGGGCUUUGAAUGGGCCAAAAAUCUCAGAAUGAUAUUUUGAAGGUUUUCAGAGCAUAAUGAACUUUUUUCUGUAGAGAACUUGAACAGUUUUGAAGUCGUUUUGGAGAAAACUUGAUUUUUUUGAGGCACACUUGAGGCCAAAAUCUUGUCCCACAAAGCUUCAGAACCCACUUUUAAAUAUAUUCGCUCUGAAACAGUUCAUAGCUCAAUCCUGCGCGUUCGAAAACACGAAAAAAGGGGCUUAGAAUUGAAAAUCUCAGAAUAAGAGCACAUAAAUUUUUUUUUUCUGUAGAGAACUUGAACAGUUUCGAAGUUGUCUUGAAGGAAACUUGAACUUUAAGAGGGGGGAGGUGUUCAAAAUCUUGUCCCACAAAGCUUCAGAACCCACUUUUUCAUUUAUUCGCUAUGAAACUAUUCAUAGCUCAAUCCUACGCCUUCAAGAACUCAAAAAGGGGCGGAGCAUGCUCAAAACCGCUCGUCAAAUCUCUAGUUUGAAAAUUUUUAGGGCACAGGAAACUUUCAAAAAACUUUCUGGAAACCGUUUUUCGCUCUGAAAAAAGGUCAUCGCUUUUUUUUUUGACGAUGCUGUCGUUCAGGUAACCUACCAAUCAUUAAUCGUCUGCACCUGUCACUUCAUCGGCUGCUUCCUCUACGUCUACAUCCAAUACUUUGAGAUGGCGCCCUUUUUCAACGUCAUCUGCCACUUGGCCUGGAUCGGCAACCACAGUGAGAAGCUUUUUCAGUAUAAAAAAACCAAAAUCCUCUUGAAAAAUGCAUUUCCAGGCCUUCCUCCGGUCAUCUACACGUUGUUCAACGCCUCCCUGCGUGCCGAAAUGAUCAACUUGAUUUUUCCGAAACGGAAAAAUAACUCGAGUGUCAUUUUGGUCGAGGAUAUCACUGGAGGAACGAAAACUGCAUGA